GCCGGGAUUCUGAGUUUAGCGCUUGCGCAAAAUCGUGUUUUUGGCGCGCAAAGAUCAAGGCCUUUAUCGAGCACUUUCCUCGUGUCGAUUUUAGUAGGAAAGAGAAAAACACAAGGUUUAUCAAGAAGAGAUGUCAGCAAACCCAAAGGAAGCAGAACCUUUUGAUGAGGCAGUAGAAGAGAGAAUAAUUAAUGAAGAAUACAAAAUAUGGAAAAAGAACACACCAUUUUUAUAUGAUCUGGUUAUGACACAUGCAUUGGAAUGGCCAAGCCUAACUGUUCAGUGGCUGCCAGAUGUUACAAAACCAGAGGGAAAGGAUUACACUGUUCACAGAGUAAUUUUAGGAACCCAUACCUCUGAUGAGCAGAAUCAUUUAGUAAUAGCAAGUGUACAGCUUCCUAAAGAUGAGACACAGUUUGAUGCAAGCCAUUAUGAUCAUGAAAAAGCAGAAUUUGGAGGUUUUGGAAGUGUUGGUGGAAAAAUUGAAAUCGAUAUAAAAAUAAACCAUGAAGGGGAAGUUAACAGAGCAAGACACAUGCCUCAGAACCCAUGUGUUAUAGCUACAAAAACACCUACUUCGGAUGUUUUAAUUUUUGACUAUACAAAACACCCAUCGAAACCAGACCCUAAUGCUGGAUGUCAGCCAAAUCUUCGACUCAAAGGGCAUUCAAAGGAAGGCUAUGGCUUAUCUUGGAAUCCAAACUUGUCAGGAAAUUUACUAAGUGCAUCAGAUGAUCAUACAAUUUGUCUUUGGGACAUCAAUUCUGCACCAAAGGAUGCCAAAACGCUUGAUGCAAGCAGAAUUUUCACUGGACAUUCAGCAGUUGUAGAAGACGUUUCUUGGCACUUACUACACGACAGCCUGUUUGGCUCAGUAGCUGAUGAUCAUAAAUUAAUGAUUUGGGACACAAGGCGAACUAGCAACAACAAACCCAGCCAUACUGUGGAAGCUCAUACUGCCGAGGUUAAUUGCUUAUCAUUCAAUCCGUAUAGCGAGUUUAUUUUGGCGACUGGUUCUGCUGAUAAGACCGUUGCCCUGUGGGAUCUACGAAAUCUAAAGUUAAAGCUUCAUUCAUUUGAGUCACACAAAGAUGAGAUAUUCCAGGUUCAAUGGUCUCCCCACAACGAAACGAUUUUGGCUUCAAGUGGCACUGAUAGAAGACUCCACGUUUGGGAUUUAAGCAAAAUUGGGGAAGAGCAAAGCCCAGAGGAUGCUGAAGAUGGACCCCCAGAGCUUCUGUUUAUUCAUGGAGGUCACACUGCCAAAAUUUCUGAUUUUGCAUGGAAUCCCAAUGAGCCUUGGGUCCUUUGCAGUGUUUCUGAAGACAACAUUAUGCAAGUUUGGCAAAUGGCGGAGAACAUUUACAAUGACGAGGAGGCUGACACACCCGCAUCAGAACUCGAACCCCCAGCCACAUCUGCACAGUCCACAACUUGAGUCGGCCGCCAAUUUCGGAACUUUUUCUUACCGGCGUUGCGAAAUUAGGCCCUGUUCAGACGAGCAAACACGAACAAAACAUUUGUCAUGGUUUGCUUGUAUGAAACUUUUAGAAAAUACAUUUAUGGUUAAAGGGAGCUGCCUAGAUUUCCUAGUCAAUAAACACCAUGUAAAGUAUUGUUUACCUAAGUCUUCGUCAAUAGUA